AUGCCGUCUCUACUGGAUGCUCUCCGGCAACACAGUGUUAUUGACUGCGAUACACUAGACAGCGAAGGUAGCUCAAUGAAGUGCCUUCAAAUUUAUCCCGCCAUCGCAUUCUUCGAGCUAACCAAAGUUUCCAAUGGAGGAACAAGCCUACACCAUGAAGCAUUGAUCCGAGAAAGUGAGCAAGACGCUAUCAGACUAAAUGAGAUUCGAGAUCAGACGUCUCUGCCUGAGUUCAUGGUUGAAAUUAUGAUGGUCAAACUGCAAUUGUUGAUUGCCCCCUAUGUAACAGGAUACGUGCAUGUUCAGACGAAUCCUAAAUUGUCAUACUCACAAGCGGGCAUGGUGGAGAACGCCCAAAGAAUUAUUGCCAUAUUUAGAGGAUUGGAACCUGCUUUUGACACCACGCGUAUCUGUAUCAAGGUGCCCGCGACUUGGGACGGUCUAUGUGCAUGCCGCACCUUGGAAGCAAAGGGUAUAACCACUCUGGCGACAACCAUGUUUUGCAUGGAGCAAGCAGUGUUGGCAUCGGAAGCGAACUGCACUUAUAUCGCCCCUUAUAUCAACGAAUUGAAGGUGCAUUUUGAGACGGGGUACAUCGACCACAAUAAAGCUUUCGCAUUCUGCCGCGAAGCUCAGGCUUACUACAACGCAAACAAUCAUCGUACUCGCGUUCUUGCUGCAUCUCUCACCUCUGUAGAAGAAGUCUUGCAGCUGGCAGGCGUGAAUCACAUUACAAUUUCUCCUAUACUACUGCAUGCGCUAUCCCGGCUAGAUGUUUCUACAACGACCAAAAAACUUGGGCAAUAUUUUACAGAUGAACCAGCUGUGGACAGCUUAGAUUCGAAGAAGUAUGCCAACAUUCUGCACGAUGAGAGCGCUUGGAAGCUGGCGUUCACAAGGAGUGGCUUCGGUACAAGUGAAGGCAAGAUUAUUCAAGCCAUCAAUUACUUUUCUGACUUUCAAGAGAAGCUGGAAGAACUUGCAGGGCGUUACACAACAUGA